AUGUCAAACAAGAUCUCAGAUUCACCGUACGCGUUCUUUGACGAAGUGCUGGCGCUGCGCAAGCCUGUCCUCGUUCAGCUGCGCUCAGGACGCUUUAUUACUGGGGUUCUAAAAGCAUACGACCGUCAUUUGAACCUCGUCUUUUCAGAAGCCACAGAGACGUGGGAGGAGAAUGGCAUCGAGUAUACAGAAGAACGAAAGAAUUUUAUGCUCCGCGGAGACAAUGUGAUUAUGGUGGUAUCAAAUAGCUAG